AUGCCUGAAGAGAAGUAUAGCCGCCUUGUCAAAGUCGAGUUACAGCAACGACUUGAUAUCAUCUCACGAUGGAACAUUGAGCCCGGAUCGAGAGUCCUCGAAAUUGGCUGCGGACAGGGCGACAGCACUGUGAUCCUAGCCGAUCUCGUAGGGGAGAACGGCCACGUUACGGGUAUCGACCCGGCACCGCUAGACUAUGGUAGCCCCUUCACGCUCGGUCAGGUCCACGCAAACCUGAAGGCGUCCCCUCUAGGCUCCAGAAUCUCCUUUCACCAGGCUACUUUGCAAGAGUUCCUCGAUUCCAACCCAGAUGCUCAAUUCGACUACGCCAUCUUCAUGCAUUGCCUCUGGUAUUUCGAGUCUACCGACAGCCUUCGUCCCAUGCUGACCAGCCUCCGUGGGAGAGCUCGGGAAUUAUUAAUCGCAGAGUUCUCACUGAACGUGCGCGGGGAUAUGACGACUCUUCCUCAUCUACUCGCUGCUCUUUCGCAGGCGGAGAUGUCCAGCCGAGUUGCCCGGGGAAUACAGGAGAGUAACACUCUCUCACUGUACAGCCCCAGGAGUAUUAAGAAAGCCGCAUCUCAAGCUGGCUGGAGGGCGCAAAGGGAGAGCUAUGUUGACAACCAUCCUGACGCCUUGGAUGGUAAGAGAGACGUUGAUGAUGUUCUGUCCGAGGAAUGGCGUAUGGCGAUUGCAAUCGAACCUGAUGAAGGCCGAAGAAGAUUAGCAGAGGUGAUGGUGGAAUCUGUCCAAACCGCAGUAGAUUCACUGGGUUUCGGAGAGAAAGUGAGGACCAUGAGCAGCUGGUUAGGGUCGUUCGCGUAA